AUGAUAAUUCUGCAUGAGUAUCCUUUGAGCAUGGUAGACCAUGCUGGUUUUCGGAGGUUUGCAAGUGCACUUCAGCCACUAUUCAAGAUGGGUACUAGGAAUACAAUAAGGAAGGAUAUUGUGAUGCAAUAUGAGAUGGAGAGGAAAAAAGCAAUUGAAUAUAUGGCUAGUAUUGAUUCAAUGGUGGCCAUAACUUCUGACUUGUGGACGUCUGACAACCAAAAAAGGGGCUAUAUGGCAGUCACAGCCCAUUUCAUUGAUGAAUCUUGGACUUUGAGAAACAUUAUCAUGAGGUUCAUCUAUGUACCAGCUCCUCACACAUCUGAAGUGAUUGCUGAAGAACUAUAUGAGUCCUUGGUUGAUUGGAACCUUGAUGAGAAAAUAUCCACAAUUACCCUUGACAACUGCACAACUAACGAUGCGGCAAUCCCUUAUCUGGAUGGUCUAGAACAUAUUAAAACUGCUAUUGAGAAUAUCCGUGAAAGUGUGGCUUAUUGGACAGCAACACCAAAAAGGAUAGAGAAGUUUGAGGAGAUAGCUAAGUUUGUUAAGUUGACAACAAGGAAAAAGGAGCAGCCACCUUCUGGUCUUGCCUCCAAGAUAUUCAAGAGGGUCUCCAGGAACUUGAACUUUGAGCAAAGCAAGUUGUCUGUUGUCUCCAACUCCAAGUGA